AUGUCACACAUUCAAUCAACGAUAAAUGACAUCAUCAAUGAGAUCAAGGACAUCAAUCAUAUCAACAAUGUUGAGUUGACAUCAGUCGACCUUGCCAACUCCAACAACAACAAUGACAACGAUCCUGAAGCCAUAACACAAUUGAUACAAUCAAUCUCAUCAUGCACAUCAAUCGAUGAGUUCACCAAGAGUGUCCUAAGUCCUCGUCCAGGUGUCAGCCAGAACGAUGAUGAGCUGCUAUCAAUGAUCAUUCAUCACACCAAACACAUGAAGCUGAUGCCCUAUGAAUUGGAUGAAUCAUCACUCCUUCCGCCAUCAUGCCGAGUCAAUAUUGAUGAAGGAAAACUCAAGGACAUCAAGAGGCAGAUCGAAUCAUGCUUUGAACUCGUAUCUGACGCCAAGUAUGACUUCCUGACCAUUGGACGUGAUGGAUUCUCAUCAUUCUCCCGCGAGACACUCAAGUGGACACAGAUCAAGGACAUGCCAGAGAGACCAGCCAGACAAUCCUACCUGACCUCUGUGUAUGUGCGCGGCAACUUCUACACCUUUGGAAGCGUGGUCGAGCCCAACGUAUACACUCGCUACUCAUUGGCCGAGAAGAAACUGUACCGUGCUGAGAUUGCUGGUGUCUGUGGAGGUGUCUUUAUCUCUGUGUGUUUCGAUGGUGACCGCUACAUCUACCUCGUGGGUGGCGUCGACACGGACAUGGGCAACAUCAAGAUCAACGCGGUGUAUGAUCGUGUAGAUCGCUUCAACAUCGACACUCAACAAUUUGAACAUGUUGGAAAGCUGUCCACACCAGUGAUGAUGGCCAACACAUUCUUCCACAAGGGCAUGGUCUAUGUCAUCUAUGGUGCGGUGAUAUUCUCGUUUGACAUCCAGACGCUAACCACCCAGGUGCUCAGAUCCACUCCCACAACCAUCACAACAAUCGCAAGCUGCUUCGAUGGCAAUGACAAUGUAUAUAUAUUGUCCAGUGAGAAGUUCAUUCGAUUCACACUGUCCACCAAGACAGAGGUCCAACUCACAAUGAGUCCAAUCUUUGUCCAACUACACGGAUUGAUCUAUGAUGGAUCACAUGGCAGCCUCAUCUAUCUCGGUGGCGUUGGCAAGAACCAUCAAUACUCUAUUCAAGAUAACAAAUGGUCAUUGCUCAAUGACAAUGAUCAUGUUGGUGACCGUGCAAUUUGGGCCAGGUGGACCCAACGACGAUUCGAAGUGCAAGCUGGCAAAGUUGACGUGUGGUGUUGA